AUGAGAUUACUUCCAUUAGCCCUAGUUGCUCCACUUCUUGUAGAAGUGGCUACAGCUAUCGUUUAUGAUUCUGACGUGGUACUCCAGAACUCAAAGUUUCCUGAUGAUGAAAGUAUCGAAGUAUCCAAAAACGGGUACUUACUUAUGAUCAACAGUGAACCGUUGGUGCUACCAGAAAACUUUAACAAUAAAGGAAAGGUAUACAUAGUGAACAACGAUACUUCUGCAACCUUGGAUAUCUCAUCCAAAGGUGGUAAUGGAAUCUUAGACAAUUCAGGACAAUUCGCCAUCUCUUCAACUGAAGGAGAGACGUCAGAAAUAAGCCUCGAAGUCGACUCAUUCCAUAACAGUGGGAAAUUUUGGGUAGAAUUGUUAGGAAACAAGAAGGUAGAUCAACAGCUACUGAUUAGAACUACUACGAAGUUUCAGAACGAGUGGGGUGCUCUUUUAUCGUUCAGUGGUAAGAAUGGAGACGAAGUCACCUUCUCGGGGGCAAAUCAAGUGAACCAUGGGCAAAUUUGUUUGUUAAAUAUGAAUGCUAACAACGUUAACAAUGCCUUCAGAGGGGUUGGAUGUGUAGAAAUUGGAGAGAAUUCCCAGUUCACAGCUGUGACAGACCCUGAAAACACCGUCUACCUCUCUAGCGGGACUUCGGUACUUCAUUUAGUUACAAGUUGUAAUGCAUCAGUUUCAGGUUUUGGAAAUGGGAAUUCAAUAUGGCUUAAAGUUUCUCUUGAUGACUUUAGGGGUCUUAAAUAUUCAGGUGAUAACCUUAUUUUCACUUCACAUAUAUUCAAUUAUGUCUUGACUAUUGGUUCAGGGUACGAUCAAUCCAAAAUGAAGACCGAUGUAAAUUUAGCAGCAAAUUCUGACUAUGUUCUUACUAUUUCAUAUCCCGAACCUCCUCCCGAAGGAAGCAAACAACAUAGGAACUGUGCCCCUUGUAUUAAAGAGCCACGACCCCCACAACCGCACCCCACAAGUUCGGCCACAACGAGUAGUAAGCACAGCAGUUCCACUGAAGCGAAAUCAUCCACUAUUUCAUCCACCCGAUCUUCCCUCGACUCAACAUCAGCAUCCAGUCACCCACAAUCUCGAUCAACUACAUCAGGUACAACCAGUUCUGACAAUUCGUCAGCUUCUACUGCAUCAGGAUCUACCACCUCUGGUGACAACUCCUCAUCUUCUACUGGUUCGGGAUCUGCCACUUCCGGUGACAACUCCUCAGCUUCUACCGCUUCGGGAUCUACCACUUCUGGUGACAACUCCUCAGCUUCUACCACUUCGGGAUCUGCCACUUCUGGUGACAGUUCGUCAGUGCCAACCAACUCUGGCUCUACCACUUCAGGAUCCACCACUUCUGGCGACAACUCCUCAGCUUCUACUGGUUCAGGAUCUGCCACUUCCGGUGACAACUCCUCAUCUUCUACUGUUUCGGGAUCUGCCACUUCUGGUGACAACUCCUCAUCUUCUACUGGUUCAGGAUCUGCCACCUCUGGUGAGAAUUCGUCAGUUCCAACCAACUCUGGUUCUACCACUUCGGGAUCUACCACUUCUGGUGAUACCUCCUCAGCUUCUACUGGCUCAGGAUCUACCACUUCCGGUGACAAUUCGUCAGUGCCAACCAACUCUGGCUCUACCACUUCAGGAUCUACAACUUCUGGCGACAACUCCUCAGCUUCUACUGGUUCAGGAUCUACCACUUCUGGCGACAACUCCUCAGCUUCUACUGGUUCAGGAUCUACCACUUCUGGCGACAAUUCGUCAGUUCCAACAAACUCCGGUUCUACCACUUCAGGAUCUGCCACUUCCGGUGAGAAUUCGUCAGUUCCAACAAACUCUGGUUCUACCACUUCGGGAUCUACCACCUCUGGUGACAACUCCUCAGCUUCUACUGGUUCAGGAUCUGCCACUUCCGGUGACAACUCCUCAUCUUCUACUGUUUCGGGAUCUGCCACCUCUGGUGACAACUCCUCAGCUUCUACUGGUUCAGGAUCUACCACUUCUGGUGACAACUCCUCAGCUUCUACCACUUCGGAAUCUGCCACUUCUGGUGACAGUUCGUCAGUUCCAACCAACUCUGGUUCUACCACCUCCGGAUCUGCCACUUCUGGUGAUAACUCCUCAGCUUCUACUGGUUCAGGAUCUACCACUUCUGGUGACAACUCCUCAGCUUCUAUCACUUCGGGAUCUGCCACUUCUGGCGACAACUCCUCAGCUUCUACUAGUUCUGGAUCUGCCACUUCUGGCGACAAUUCGUCAGUUCCAACCAACUCUGGUUCUACCGCUUCGGGAUCUACCACUUCUGGUGACAACUCCUCAGCUUCUAUCACUUCGGGAUCUGCCACUUCUGGUGACAACUCCUCAGCUUCUAUCACUUCGGGAUCUGCCACCUCUGGUGACAGUUCGUCAGUUCCAACCAACUCUGGUUCUACCACCUCCGGAUCUGCCACUUCUGGUGAUAACUCCUCAGCUUCUACUGGUUCAGGAUCUGCCACUUCUAGCGACAAUUCGUCGGCUGCUAUUAGUUCCGGAUCUGCCACUUCUAGCGACAAUUCGUCGGCUGCUAUUAGUUCCGGAUCUGCCACUUCUAGCGACAAUUCGUCGGCUUCUACUAGUUCUGGAUCUGCCACUUCUAGCGACAAUUCGUCGGCUUCUACUAGUUCUGGAUCUGCCACUUCUGGUGACAACUCGUCGGCUUCUACUAGUUCUGGAUCUGCCACUUCUGGCGACAAUUCGUCAGUUCCAACCAACUCCGGUUCUACCUCCUCUGGAUCUGCCACUUCUGGUGACAACUCCUCAGCUUCUAUCACUUCGGGAUCUGCCACCUCUGGUGACAGUUCGUCAGUUCCAACCAACUCUGGUUCUACCACCUCCGGAUCUGCCACUUCUGGUGAUAACUCCUCAGCUUCUACUGGUUCAGGAUCUGCCACUUCUAGCGACAAUUCGUCGGCUGCUAUUAGUUCCGGAUCUGCCACUUCUAGCGACAAUUCGUCGGCUGCUAUUAGUUCCGGAUCUGCCACUUCUGGUGACAAUUCGUCGGCUGCUACUAGUUCUGGAUCUGCCACUUCUGGUGACGACUCGUCGGCUGCUACUAGUUCUGGAUCUGCCACUUCUGGUGACGACUCGUCGGUUUCUGCUAGUUCUGGAUCUGGUACUUCUGGUGACGACUCGUCGGUUUCUACUAGCUCAGGAUCUGCCACUUCUGGUGACAAUUCGUCACUUCCAACCAACUCUGGUUCUACCACUUCGGGAUCUGCCACUUCUGGUGACAACUCCUCGGCUUCUACUAGUUCUGGAUCUGCCACUUCUGGUGACAACUCGUCGGAUUCUACUAGUUCUGGAUCUGGUACUUCUGGUGACGACUCGUCGGUUUCUACUAGCUCAGGAUCUGCCAUUUCUGGUGACAAUUCGUCAGUUCCAACCAAGUCCGGUUCUACCACUUCGGGAUUUGCCACCUCUGGUGACAGUUCAAUUGUUCCAUCCAACUCUGAAUCUGUUACAUCGGCAAGUUCAAAGUCAGAAAACAUCAGAUCUUCGUCAAUCAAUCCACCAUCAUCGAACACAGGUACAUCUGAUCAGUCUUUGUCGUUCUCUACAGUAACUCCAAACCCCGAGUCUUCAAUUAUUCCUUCAAAUGCUCAAUCUAGCAGUGGGGUUUCUUCAUUCUCUUGGUCAAAUUCUACAUAUGGUCCUACCACUUCCUUAACAUGGACUAGCGCUACCACCACUGUCCCCUCGUCUAGUUCAAGUCAAUCGAUAUUAUCAUCCACCAUUAGUUCGUCGCAAACUUUGUCAACACAGUCUACACCAAGGUCGGAGACCUCGAAUGACAAUUCAUCGUUUCCAACCGGUCCAGGAUCUAUGACGAGUGAUACUCAGGACACAACGACGUCAAAGCAACUGAGUACUUCCCUUAUUCCUGACUCCACUUCUACUUCAGCGAGAACGUCUGAUUCAAGUAGUUCUUCAACGGCUACGGGUAGUACACCUAAACCAUCUGGUUGUACACCUGGUGGCACCCCUACUAAUACUCUUAGAGGCCGCUUUUAUCCUUACAAUUUUGGGGAUGAUUCCACUUAUAAAUCCGCCAAGUACAUGUCAAGCGGAUAUAUGAAUGAUGAGGAAUUACACUCCAUGGAGAUCCACGACUUGAAUUUCUUUUAUGAAGGGCCCGAGAUUGAUAAGGAUCAACCGGAAAUUGGCGAAGUUCUUGGGUUCACAACAACUAUCACCAAUUUCACGUUGGAAAUCGCUGGAUAUUUCCUUUCCGAGGAGCCAGGAGUAUACUCCUUCAGUUUGAACAAUAUAGAUGAUUCAGCCAUGUUACUUCUUGGAAGUGACUCGGCCUUUUCGUGUGAAAAUAAGAUGAAGAGAAGUAUACUUGGAAAUACUGACUCACUGGAGUUGUUUGUUUACAAAGAAGGGAACGAACAGCCUCAAAGUGGAAGUAAGGAUGUAUCCUUAAGUGGCAGCACUUACUAUCCGAUUAGAAUAGUAUAUACCAACGCCAAGGGUUCAGGAUCAUUUGCAUUUAGCGUAACCAAUCCGAAAGGAGUCACUGAGCCAAUAGACUCUCAUGUAUUCGUUUUCCAAGAAGAUGAGUUCACCAGUACGGCACUCAGUAGUUUAGGGCUGUCCACCCUUGCAAGAACAAGUACCAAGACAGAAAAAUCCACCACUGUUAUUACAGUGACUUCUUGUUCAGACAACAAAUGUACAGAGGUUCCUGUCACUACUGGUCAAACGGUGGUUGAAACAACCGUGGAUGGAACCGUGACAUCAUACACCACUUACUGUCCACUUCCGAGCGAGCUGACACCCUUGACACUUCAAGUUCCAUCCACCGCUGUGGUUGGCACUGGUUCUUGUUCCUCAGACCAUUGUACCGAGAGUAAAGGUGCUAAACCAACUAAAGCUUCUACAAGUUACACAUGGCCAAGUUCUGGCGUACCUUCGAUCUCGACAGUCAGUUCUGAUUAUGUCGGUGGGUCAGCCACCUUCAACUAUUCUUUUGGCUCGGUGAUAAUUGCCUUAUUAUCUUAUUUGAUGUGA